GUGUUCGUGAGCCGGCAAGCGCUUUCAAAACAGAGGAACAUGGCGAACGCGUCUUUUAAAUGCAUCGAAUGUAACGAGGAAGCUUCUGAAUUAUACCGAGAUUACAGAAACGGCAUAGUGAAGAUAACAAUAUGUAGAUCCUGCGCAAAGCCCGUGGACAAGUACAUCGAAUACGAUCCUGUCAUUAUUCUCAUAGACGCCAUCUUGUGUAAAAUCCAGGCGUUCAGACACAUUCUCUUCAACACUCAGAUCAACAUCCACUGGAAGCUGUGUGUUUUCUGCCUGUUGUGCGAGGCGUAUCUCAGAUGGUCGCGGCUCCAGAGUUCGGAGGUCACCAGUGAUCCCUCUGACAUCAUCAGAUACGCGAAAGAAUGGGAUUUUUACGGGAUGUUUGCUCUGGCUUCUCUGGAGCUGGGUGUGUACUGUGCAGGUGUGUUAGCGGCAUCAUGGUGCGUACAGAACCUCUAUGGCGUCUCGGUAGAUACGUCCGAUCUGCUGAAGGCUCUGCUGCUGUCCUGCUACGGCAAAGUGCUGCUGAUUCCUGCAGUGAUCUGGGAGCACGAUUACUCUCCUCUCUGCUUCACCCUCAUCCGAGUGUUUGUGCUCACGUCCAACGCACAGGCCGUACGGGUGAUCCUGAACUGCCGCAGACGUCUCUCCGUGUUCGCCGUGGGCGUGGGACUGCUCGUCGAGACGUGCGCGUCUCACGGUCUGCACAAACUGCAGACGAGCUCGCACGCGCUCCUGCCAGAGCUCUACACGUGAACGCGAAGACCUCGGAGCGGACCGAACCGACGCUUUCGGUCCAACCGGUCCCAGGCUACUUCACUUCUCUCUGUCCACGCACGGGCUCGUCCAGGUGUGUGAUACGAUACGAUACGAUACGAUACGAUACGGACCUGUCGCUGACGUGAAAAGUUCACACCGCGAGGGAGGAAGAGAAGAUCUCCCAGGAUCCCCUGCGUGUUGUGUGUACACACAUUCCUGAGGUGGUUCGUCAGAUUCUUGCCAAUUUGCAUCAGCGAGAUAAACAAAUAGAGUGCAGAUGGUGUGUGUUACCCCCCCCCCCCCCACACACACACACACACACACACACACACACGACUCAAUACACUCCUGGUGCUGUGUCAUUUCUGUGUAUUAAAUAAAAGCUAUAAAGAUAUGUUUAUAGAAACAUGAGUGUGUUGCACAGCUUUCUGAAAUGAUUCGUGAAGCCAGAGUAGACGUCGUGCUGGAUUAAAGCAACAGGAACUACGAAAAAAAAACAGAAUUUAUAACACAGAGAAACGAAGUCGAUCGGACAGGACGUUCGUCUCUGUCGGAUUUCCCCUCAAGCUACGAGGCUAAUGUAGCUAACGAGUAAUGAUAGUUGGUCUCGUUUACCUUUUGGCUAAAAACAAUGGAAAUGCUAAUAUAGUUCCGCUAAUACAGACUUCCCCUGGGAUUAAGGCUUCUCUUUCUAGCCGUCACGAUCCACCAGAACGGCUUCGCCACACCCCGCCGUCUCUGGAGCGACGAACACUAAACAAACGUUAAACAUCUUACGUCCUUACACCUCCGGACCAAUCAGAAUGAAGAAUACAACAGGGCAACAGGGCUGUGGUAUAAAUUGCUUUAAUAAUAAUAAUAAUAAUAAUAAUAAUAAUAAUAAUAAUAAUAAUAAUAAUAACAACAACAACAACAAGUUAAAAAAAAAAAAGCAUAAAAAAAAAACAACUUUCCACAUAACAUCCAGUAGUGAGGUCAUUCUUUACGACGGACGCGUGCAAGCUUUACUCCGGAUAAAUGAAGUGUUGUAACAUAACAUGUAGCCGAGCUAGCGAAAACGCCACCGUACACGUGUACACACCAACAAGUAACACGAUACAGCGAGGCAAGAACACACCGUACGAUACAGUUCAACCGUACGUGAGGAAGCGUUCGCCGGGAAUUCCUGCGAUUUGACGCGGUGACCGAAACCGGUCACAGAACCCGUUCUUGCGAAUCCAAACGCUUUAGCAGGAAAGCCUGGGAUUGAAACCAGGCCUGUAAAAGGCACCGAGUGAUCCACUCUGAUUGGCUGAUCAAGUGCUACUUGAAACAUGAUUAAUACAGACACGUGAUACAGAGUCCACUCGCAAAUUAUUAUCCUGCGCUAGAUUAGCACGGGUGUACAGUAAACCGGCGAGAACGACUGGAUGUGUGUAACCAUGAACAUUUUUUAAAAAAAAUCCGAUUAAUACAUGACACCGUGUUACGCUCAGGCAUGUGCUGAUAAUCGCCGCCACCCUCAUUUGAAUUAUUUUCACAUUAAAAACAAUUGUUACAAUUGAAGGAAGAGAGAAAAGACAAUCCCGCGAGUGUCCGGAAAACAUCAGACAAAAUAAACGAAUCUUUCGGG